ACAUUUGGUUUCACCUGAAGGUGGAGUCCCUCUAUUUACUAGGUCUGAUUCAACAGGAAAUUAACCUUGGAUCCAUUUUAGUCAUCGCUCUAAGAGUCUUCAACAAGCAGGGAAUAUUAGCAUGACUGUUACCUGGGCAACAUGGCCAGUGUUUUCUUCACGUUGCUUUUACUCUAUGCAACAGGAGUCUCAGGAGUCCCUCAGCUGGAGCCCCUGAAUGUGACUGUGCUACGGGGCUCAGAGGCUCGGUUUAACAUCAGCCUGUCUGAGGCCUGGUACUCCAUGUCAUGGAUGCUUAAAACUGUUUUGGUCCUCACCAUCAACAGUGGCACUGGUGUGUCUGAGCACAACAGUCGUUUCUCCGUUAAAAACUACUCCAGCGCCGACAUAUACUGCUGGGAGUUCAUCAUCUGGGACGUCUGGAGGAACGACUCUGGUGACGUCAGCUGUGGCGUCCAGGAAAAGCCGACCCAGACCGCUCAGCUCUUUGUCCAAGAGAGCGGCACAGUGAGGAUUGUGGGAGGUAACAUGACAGUGGCCCAGGGCCACCAGGCCAUCGUCCAGUGUGAGGCCUCUGGUUGGUUCCCUGAGCCCACAGUGAGCUGGGUGGUGGAUGGGGUCGUGGUGGACCAGAACAGCUACAACAGUAGCAGUGAGGCCCUGGACAGUCUGUAUAACUCCAUCAGCCUCCUCACUGUCCGAGGGGUCAACAGUGUUCAAGUGAAGUGCCUGGCCAGCGUAUCUGCCCUGACCACCCCCCUGUCCAGCUCCAUCUACCUGGUGGUUGACCACUGUUUCACCAGAGCCCCAAGACUGGACUGUGCUCAUCGCUGUCGUUUGUUCCAUCGGUGGCUUCGCUCUGCUGGUGCUGCUCAUCCUUGGAAUCGUCUUCUGCUGCAAACGCAGAAAAGAAGCAAAAUCCAGCUACCAGAAGGAAAUGGGGAGAACGAGGUCCCAGAUCGAGAUGAGUGGUGGCGCAGUGGGACAGAGACAGGGCAAGGAAAACCCUGCAUACGUGAUAGACGGCCAAACAACAGGUGUCACCCACAGUGAAUUCAACGACAGUGGUUACAUCCAGACUAACUAUACAAAACAUUUUGAGAUUCCUGAUCUUGUCAAUGGUAACCAGGCAGCAAAUGGCCAUGCCAGUGCAUACAACAUCCUGGGUGUAACUGGUGUCAGGAAACACAGACAUGUUACUAUUGUGUGAAGGAUUUGUACAAUCUUACUCACAUACAGCAGAAUCCAGCUGUAAAAUAUGUCAAAUGUUCUCAAAAUGUUUUAAUGUUGCCCUUCUCUGCUCUUCAUGUUAUCAUUUUGGAAACUUCCCCAACUUUUGAAACAAAGUGGUGCCUCUAUUUUGGAACUAAGCCUCGAAGGGUUUGCUUGUAAGGCAACCUACCAGGCCAAAUAUUGUCAAAACACAUCUAUAUCAACUAAGGGCAGGAGCAUAUGAUGCCAACCAAACAAAUUCCCCUUGAGUUUUAAAUAAUUGUCACACUGGGCAAGCUAUUCAUUUCUAUAUGGUUUUAUAUAAUGGCAAACUGGGUGUAAAUUAGUCCAUAAGCACGCACCCAAAUGAUCUUUGACAGUAAGGUAAAUGUGAUGGAAACUCUGACAAACUGAUUGAUGCACCAAGGCCUGCCUCUCAAUACUCCGUCAUGAGCACAGGGCUCCAUAACUCUGUUAGGUUAAGAGCUUGUCCCCCCACAGCCCCAGCACCGCCACAUUUCUAUCUACUGUACCAGCUAGCAUUGUGGUGGGCCUCAUAAAUUCAGCAUGAUUGAACUAGAGGUUUAUGACAGUGAGCUGAAGUGCUCAGAGAGAAUCCUCCACAUUCCCUUCAGCCCAUAGAGUCUGUUGGAACUCUCACUGCUCCAGCCAUUCGGGUUUAGGCCUAUAUCAAUGUUCAAACGUAUUCUCUUCUGGAAUGUUACCCCAUGUUAAUGGCAUGAAUGCAAUGUGAUUCGGUAGACAUAUUGAGAAGUGCAAUUACCCGAGACUAGGGCUGCAAAAUUCUUGUAACUUUCUAGAAAUGUCCAGGUGUUCUAGAAAUCCAGGAAGGCGGAUUCCAUUUCCUGCUUAUUCCCUCUUAAUUUCAGGAAUCAUCUGGAAAACCAGGGAAUGUAUUUCAACCCUACCCAUAACAAAGUUUUGUCAUACUCUUAAAACGUGAUGGUGUAGCAAUUUCCUAUAAGAGUCUUCCAUUAUUACCAUAGUGUAAUAACUACAUUAUCAUCGGCCUUUUUGUUCAAACAGAACUUAAUCAUAAUAAAUCUAUUCUAUAUUUAUAAUAAAAAUGACAACAAUUCCAUAUGAGUGACCUCCAUUCCAUUUAACAAUUGUUUACUGUAAUAUGCAAGAUCUUGUAAUUGUGAGGUAGGGAUUUACCAGAUGAAGUAUGUCAAAUUGUUUUGACCGGGUCAAGUGUAGUGAUGUAUGAUGUAAUCAAAUAAACACUUUCUAAUUUUCCUACCAAGGA